AUGGUUAAGAAGUUUCAUGGAGAUAUAUUUUUAGUCGGGGGAUCGGAGCGUGAUGCUAGUGAAACAACCGAAUUUCGUAUUCAAACAGCAGUGGAGGGUGUUGGUGAAACUGUUUUUGGUGUUGCAUCUACGGUUGGAAGUUUAUUAAGUGGCUGGACGGAUAAUGAAGAUGAUUAUCCUGUGGGGAAAAAUGCGAAAAAAGAUGGAGAUUUAUAUUUUAUGAUGUAUGGGCAAAAAGUAUAUAAUUGGCCGUUACGAUGUAAAGAAACUGAAGUGGAAGAUAUGGUGCGGCGCUGUAAAGUAAGACGUGAGGAGGGUUUAGAUAAGUUUAGAAAGUGGUCUAAAGCGCGUGAAAAGGAUGAUAAUUCCAAAAAUCAAAGGAUAAUAUCCGAUCUGAAUGAACUGGAACGUGAAAUUUUCGAUUUAAAAAGUAAUCGAUAUAAUAAUGCAAAUCGUUUGGCGGUUGAUACGGUUAAUUCCGUGCGUGGAAUUGAUUUGUUGUUUGAUCUGACGGUUUUCAAGGUUUCGGAUUUUGAACAAAGACGGAAUGUUUUACGUUCUAAAUUGGAACCUGUGUGUGUUUUGAUGCAUAAGGAUUUCCCGCCACAUAUUUCCGAAAAAAUGAAAAAGGUGGGCGCCACAGAACGCGAUGUGUCGAAAUCUGUGAUUGAAGGUGUUGCGAAUGGGCACAUUGAUGGCUUAAAAUUUCAACAAAAAAAUCAAAUCCUUUUAUUGCAAAAUAUACAGCAUGCUAUUUUGGAACAAAUAUUAGAGACGCGUACCGGUAUAGAAAAUCUAAAUGUGGAACGUGCUGCUAUUGUUUUUUUACGGACGCCGAACUAA